AUGGGAUCGAAGGCAUUUUUGCUAAUUGUUUUGGCUAUUUUUCUUGUGACAACAUCAGAGGUUGCAGCUAGGAAGUUGGCUCAGAGUUCCAUCACAUCCUUGAAAAAGGGAGAGGCAAGUGAGACAAAUGACGCCAAAUUUUUCGGAGGAGGACUUCCGGGAUUUGGGGGAGGUUUUCCGGGAAUUGGUGGACUUCCCGGAAUCGGAGGAGGACUUCCAAAAAUUGGAGGACUUCCAACAAUAGGAGGACUUCCCGGAAUAGGAGGGCUUCCUGGAAUCGGAGGAGGAUUUCCAAAAAUUGGAGGACUUCCAAAAAUAGGAGGAGGACUUCCCGGAAUCGGAGAACUUCCAAAAAUUGGAGGACUUCCAACAAUAGGAGGAGGAGGACUUCCCGGAAUCGGAGGACUUCCUGGGAUAGGAGGACCCUCAGGAAUUGGUGGAGGAGGACUUUCGGGAAUUGGAGGACUUCCCGGAAUCGGAGGACUUCCAGGACUAGGAGGACUUCCAGAAAUUGGAGGAGGAGGAGUUCCCAAAAUCGGAGGACCUCCAGGAAUUGGAGGAGGAGGAUCUCCAGGAAUAGGAGGAGGAAAAGGUGGACUUCCAGGAUUUGGAGGACUUCCUGGAAUCGGAGGACUUCCAAAAAUCGGAGGACCUUCAGGAAUUGGAGGACUCCCCAAAAUCGGAGGACCUUCGGGAAUUGGAGGAGGAGGACUUCCUAAAAUUGGAGGACCUCCGGGAAUAGGAGGAGGAAAAGGAGGACUUCCAGGAUUUGGAGGACUGCCUGGAAUCGGAGGACCUUCAGUAAUUGGAGGACUCCCCAAAAUCGGAGGACCUUCGGGAAUUGGAGGAGGAGGACCUCCAGGAAUAGUAGGAGGAAAAGGAGGACUUCCAGGAUUUGGAGGAAUCGGAGGACUUCCAGGAAUUGGAGGAAAAGGAGGACUUUUCAAAACCGAAAGACUUCCUUGA